CCAAGUGUUUGGCCCUGACAAAGAGGAGGGAGCUGCAGCAUCAGCACUUCUGUUCCUAUAUAAGCAGGGCUGCCCCUCACACCCUAUCUCCGCCAAGAGCCCAGAGUGAAGGACAGGCGUGACUCUACGUUUUCAUCCAGAGCUCCAUAGCUGAAACCUCGGCUAAAUAAGUAGCAGCCAUGAGUGCGGGUUCGGACGCGGAGAUGGCUAUUUUUGGCGAAGCUGCUCCUUACCUCCGAAAAUCGGAGAAGGAGAGGAUUGAGGCCCAAAAUAAGCCUUUUGACGCAAAAACAUCUGUCUUUGUGGCGGAGCCCAAGGAGUCUUAUGUGAAAAGCGUUAUACAAAGCAAGGAUGGAGGGAAAGUGACCGUGAAGACGGAAAGUGGAGCAACUCUCACCGUCAAGGAAGAUCAAGUCUUCCCCAUGAACCCUCCCAAAUAUGACAAGAUCGAGGACAUGGCCAUGAUGACCCACCUCCAUGAGCCCGGAGUGCUGUACAACCUCAAAGAGCGUUAUGCAGCCUGGAUGAUCUAUACCUACUCAGGCCUCUUCUGUGUCACCGUCAACCCCUACAAGUGGCUGCCGGUGUACAACCCUGAGGUGGUGGCAGCCUACCGAGGCAAAAAGCGCCAGGAGGCCCCACCCCACAUCUUCUCCAUCUCUGACAACGCCUACCAGUUCAUGCUGACGGAUCGUGAGAACCAGUCCAUCCUGAUCACCGGAGAAUCCGGGGCCGGGAAGACUGUGAACACGAAGCGUGUCAUCCAGUACUUUGCAACAAUUGCAGUCACUGGGGACAAGAAGAAGGAGGAGUCUGGCAAAAUGCAGGGGACCCUGGAAGAUCAAAUCAUCAGUGCUAACCCCCUGCUGGAGGCCUUUGGGAACGCCAAGACCGUGAGGAAUGACAACUCAUCUCGCUUUGGCAAGUUCAUCAGAAUCCACUUCGGUACCACGGGGAAACUGGCAUCAGCUGAUAUUGAAACCUAUCUUCUAGAGAAGUCUAGAGUCACUUUCCAGCUAAAAGCUGAAAGAAGUUACCACAUUUUUUAUCAGAUCACCUCCAAUAAGAAGCCAGAGCUAAUUGAAAUGCUCCUGAUCACCACCAACCCGUAUGACUACGCCUUUGUCAGUCAGGGGGAGAUCACGGUGCCCAGCAUUGAUGACCAAGAAGAGUUGAUGGCCACAGAUAGUGCCAUUGAUAUCCUUGGCUUUUCACCUGAAGAGAAAGUGUCCAUCUAUAAACUCACAGGGGCUGUGAUGCAUUAUGGGAACAUGAAGUUCAAGCAAAAGCAGCGGGAGGAGCAGGCUGAGCCAGAUGGCACUGAAGUGGCUGACAAGGCUGCCUAUCUCCAGUGUCUGAACUCUGCUGAUCUGCUCAAAGCCCUCUGCUAUCCCAGGGUCAAGGUUGGCAAUGAAUAUGUCACCAAAGGCCAGACGGUUCAACAAGUGUAUAAUGCGGUGGGUGCCCUGGCCAAGGCUGUCUAUGAGAAGAUGUUCCUGUGGAUGGUCACCCGCAUCAACCAGCAGCUGGACACCAAGCAGCCCCGGCAGUACUUCAUCGGGGUCUUGGACAUCGCUGGCUUUGAGAUCUUUGAUUUCAACAGCCUGGAGCAGCUGUGCAUCAACUUCACCAAUGAGAAACUGCAACAGUUUUUCAACCACCACAUGUUCGUGCUGGAGCAGGAGGAGUACAAGAAGGAAGGCAUCGAGUGGACCUUCAUCGACUUCGGGAUGGACCUGGCGGCCUGCAUCGAGCUCAUUGAGAAGCCACUGGGCAUCUUCUCCAUCCUGGAAGAAGAGUGCAUGUUCCCUAAGGCGACAGACACCUCCUUCAAGAACAAGCUGUACGACCAACAUCUGGGAAAAUCCAACAACUUCCAGAAGCCCAAGCCUACCAAAGGCAAGGCCGAGGCCCACUUCUCCCUGGUGCACUAUGCGGGCACUGUGGAUUACAACAUCACCGGCUGGCUGGACAAGAACAAGGACCCCCUGAAUGACACCGUGGUGGGGCUGUACCAGAAGUCAGCAAUGAAAACUCUGGCCAGCCUCUUUUCCACAUACGCUAGUGCUGAAGCAGAUGGUGGUGCAAAGAAAGGAGCUAAGAAGAAGGGCUCUUCUUUCCAAACUGUGUCAGCCCUUUUCAGGGAAAACUUAAAUAAACUGAUGACCAAUCUGAGAAGUACACACCCUCACUUCGUACGGUGUAUCAUUCCCAAUGAAACGAAGACUCCCGGUGCCAUGGAGCACGAACUGGUCCUGCACCAGCUGAGGUGUAACGGGGUGCUGGAGGGCAUCCGCAUCUGCAGGAAGGGGUUCCCCAGCCGGAUCCUGUAUGGGGACUUUAAGCAGAGAUACAAGGUUUUAAAUGCAAGUGCUAUUCCAGAGGGACAGUUCAUCGACAGCAAGAAGGCCUCUGAGAAGCUUCUGGGCUCUAUUGAUAUCGAUCACACUCAGUAUAAAUUUGGACACACCAAGGUUUUCUUCAAAGCUGGUCUCCUGGGUCUCCUGGAAGAAAUGAGAGAUGAAAAGCUGGCCCAGAUUAUAACAAGAACCCAGGCGGUCUGUAGGGGAUACCUAAUGAGAGUGGAGUAUCAGAAGAUGCUGCUGAGAAGAGAAUCCAUCUUCUGUAUCCAGUACAACGUCCGCGCCUUCAUGAACGUCAAGCACUGGCCCUGGAUGAAACUCUUCUUCAAGAUCAAACCCCUGCUGAAGAGCGCAGAGACCGAGAAGGAGAUGGCCACCAUGAAGGAGGAGUUCCAGAAAACCAAGGAUGAGCUGGCCAAGUCGGAGGCAAAGCGGAAGGAGCUGGAGGAGAAGAUGGUCACUCUUCUCAAAGAGAAAAAUGACCUGCAACUCCAGGUUCAAUCUGAAGCAGACAGCUUGGCCGAUGCUGAGGAAAGGUGUGAACAAUUGAUCAAAAACAAAAUCCAGCUGGAGGCCAAAAUCAAAGAGGUGACCGAGAGGGCCGAGGACGAGGAGGAGAUCAACGCGGAGCUCACGGCCAAGAAGAGGAAGCUGGAGGACGAGUGCUCAGAGCUGAAGAAGGACAUCGAUGACCUUGAGCUGACACUGGCCAAGGUUGAGAAGGAGAAGCACGCCACGGAGAACAAGGUGAAAAACCUGACAGAGGAGAUGGCAGGCCUGGAUGAAAAUAUCGCCAAGCUGACCAAGGAGAAGAAGGCCCUCCAGGAGGCCCACCAGCAGACCCUGGAUGACCUGCAGGCAGAGGAGGACAAAGUCAACACCCUGACCAAAGCCAAAACCAAGCUGGAACAGCAAGUGGAUGACCUUGAGGGAUCGCUAGAGCAAGAAAAGAAGCUGAGGAUGGACUUAGAAAGAGCCAAGAGGAAACUGGAGGGGGACCUGAAACUGGCCCAAGAGUCCACAAUGGACAUAGAAAACGAUAAACAGCAGCUUGAUGAGAAACUCAAAAAGAAGGAGUUUGAAAUCAGCAACCUGAUAAGCAAAAUUGAAGAUGAGCAAGCUGUGGAGAUCCAGCUGCAGAAGAAGAUCAAAGAGUUGCAGGCCCGCAUCGAGGAGCUGGAGGAGGAAAUCGAGGCAGAGCGGGCCUCCAGGGCCAAAGCAGAGAAGCAGCGCUCUGACCUCUCCCGGGAACUGGAGGAGAUCAGCGAGAGGCUGGAAGAAGCCGGCGGGGCCACCUCUGCUCAGGUGGAGAUGAACAAGAAGCGGGAAACUGAGUUUCAGAAACUUCGCCGGGACCUGGAGGAGGCCACGCUGCAGCACGAAGCCACAGCAGCCGCUCUUCGGAAGAAGCACGCGGACAGUGUGGCUGAGCUCGGGGAGCAGAUCGACAACCUGCAGCGGGUGAAGCAGAAGCUGGAGAAGGAGAAGAGCGAGCUGAAGAUGGAGAUCGAUGACCUUAGCAGUAAUGCAGAGGCCAUCGCCAAAGCCAAGGGAAAUCUGGAGAAGAUGUGCCGCACUCUGGAGGACCAGGUGAGUGAACUGAAGAGCAAGGAGGAGGAGCAGCAGCGGCUCAUCAACGAGCUGACAGCGCAGAGAGCACGCCUGCAGACAGAAGCAGGUGAGUACUCCAGACAGCUGGAUGAGAAAGAUGCUUUAGUCUCUCAGUUGUCAAGGAGCAAGCAGGCAUCCACGCAGCAGAUUGAGGAGCUGAAGCGUCAGCUCGAGGAAGAAACCAAGGCCAAGAACGCGCUGGCCCACGCCCUGCAGUCCUCCCGCCACGACUGUGAUCUGCUGCGGGAACAGUAUGAAGAGGAGCAGGAAGGCAAAGCCGAGCUGCAGAGGGCACUGUCCAAGGCCAACAGCGAGGUGGCCCAGUGGAGGACCAAAUAUGAGACCGAUGCCAUCCAGCGCACAGAGGAGCUGGAGGAGGCCAAGAAGAAGCUGGCUCAGCGUCUGCAGGCGGCCGAGGAGCACGUAGAAGCCGUGAACGCCAAGUGCGCUUCCCUGGAGAAGACGAAGCAGCGGCUGCAGAACGAGGUGGAGGACCUCAUGAUUGAUGUGGAGAGGACCAACGCGGCCUGCGCCGCCCUGGACAAGAAGCAGAGAAACUUCGACAAGGUUCUAUCAGAAUGGAGACAGAAGUAUGAGGAAACUCAGGCUGAGCUUGAGUCCUGCCAGAAGGAGUCCCGAACUCUCAGCACGGAGCUGUUCAAGGUGAAGAACGCCUACGAGGAGUCUCUGGACCACCUGGAGACGCUGAGGAGAGAGAACAAGAAUCUGCAACAGGAGAUCUCUGACCUGACUGAGCAGAUUGCAGAGGGAGGGAAGCACAUCCAUGAGCUGGAGAAAAUCAAGAAGCAAGUGGAACAGGAGAAGUGUGAGAUACAGGCUGCCUUAGAGGAAGCAGAGGCAUCUCUGGAGCACGAGGAGGGAAAGAUCCUGCGCAUCCAGCUGGAGCUGAACCAAGUCAAGUCUGAGAUCGACAGGAAGAUUGCUGAGAAGGAUGAGGAGAUCGACCAGCUGAAGAGGAACCACGUUAGAGUCGUGGAGACCAUGCAGAGCACGCUGGAUGCCGAGAUCAGGAGCAGGAAUGAUGCUCUGAGAGUCAAGAAGAAGAUGGAGGGAGACCUGAACGAGAUGGAGAUCCAGCUGAACCACGCCAACCGCUUGGCUGCUGAAAGUUUGAGGAACUACAGGAACACACAGGGCAUCCUCAAGGACACCCAGCUGCAUCUGGAUGACGCUCUCCGGGGCCAGGAGGAUCUGAAGGAGCAGCUGGCCAUCGUGGAGCGCAGAGCCAACCUGCUGCAGGCUGAGAUUGAGGAGCUGCGGGCCACGCUGGAGCAGACGGAGAGGAGCAGGAAGAUUGCAGAGCAGGAGCUGCUGGACGCCAGUGAGCGCGUGCAGCUCCUCCACACCCAGAACACGAGCCUCAUCAACACCAAGAAGAAGCUGGAAAAUGAUGUUUCACAGCUGCAGAGUGAAGUGGAAGAAGUGAUUCAAGAGUCACGCAAUGCAGAAGAGAAGGCUAAGAAAGCCAUUACUGAUGUGAGCACCACACACAUUACCCUCCCCACGCCUGUGCUGCCUGCCACCACCAGGGCUUAUUUUUGUCUUGAUUUAUUUGCCUCUCAGGCCGCCAUGAUGGCGGAGGAGCUGAAGAAGGAGCAGGACACCAGCGCCCACCUGGAGCGGAUGAAGAAGAACAUGGAACAGACGGUGAAGGACCUGCAGCACCGUCUGGACGAGGCUGAGCAGCUGGCGCUGAAGGGCGGCAAGAAGCAGAUCCAGAAACUGGAGGCCAGGGUACGUGAACUUGAAGGAGAGGUCGAAAAUGAACAGAAACGCAAUGCUGAGGCUGUUAAAGGGUUAAGGAAGCAUGAAAGAAGAGUAAAGGAACUUACCUACCAGACUGAGGAAGACCGCAAGAAUGUGCUCCGGCUGCAGGACCUGGUGGACAAAUUACAGGCGAAGGUGAAAUCCUACAAGAGACAGGCUGAGGAGGCUGAGGAACAAUCCAAUGCCAACCUGGCCAAGUUCCGCAAGCUGCAGCACGAGCUGGAGGAAGCCGAGGAGCGGGCUGACAUCGCCGAGUCCCAGGUCAACAAGCUGCGGGUGAAGAGCCGGGAGGUUCACACCAAAAUCAGCGCAGAGUAAACACAUCUUGCAGAGGAAGGAGGCUGCCAAGGGGCUGAAGGAAAGCACAGGAGGGGCUGCUUUGGGUCGCUUGCUGGGUCACUUGCCUCUCUGGGUUUACUUUUCUCCUACUGCUGACUAAAUAAAAACUACAAGGCAUUGGUAAAUCAAA